UUUCCCUCCAAAGUCCAACCCGCUGUGUUCACUGUUCAGCAGUCCAUCAAUGGAAGAAGAAACAUCGUAGAAAAAAGCUGUCGCUUUAGCUUAUCAAUACCUACACUACUAAAAUGGGUAUUCUCCUUUUCUUUUCCUCUUCCUCUUUCAAGGAUAAGGCUUCAAUGGUUUCCAUUUUAUGAUCUGCUCUGUCUUACGAGUACUGGAAGCGUGUUGCUUAAUCCGACUCUACCAUGGUGAACGAAGACUCUGCUGCUUGGAUCACUCAGCUUCUUGCUUUAAUGGGAGGUUGCUUGGGUUUAUGCGAAAGCAAGAUCCAUGGGCAGUUGGUGAGGAAAUCAAGCAUAUCCGAAGGUUUCUGGAGCACUAGCACAUAUGAUUUGGAGAGUAGUACUAUUAUGCCUCAGAGAAGUAUGACCUCUAUCACUAUACCGAAUCUGAGUCUCACUCAGUACAGUGGCACUGGCAAUACUAUCACCCAUGAAGAAUUUGUAAAUCAGGGUUAUCUUUGGUGGAAACAGAAUAGGCUUCAGUGGCGUGGAAGUAAAAAGACUGAGAACCGGAGACUAGUUUGGAAAUCAAUACUCGAUUGGGAUGCUUCCUAUGAAUGCACUGCAGAGACUAGCAAGCCUUUCCCUUGUCCAAUUCCCCUCUCUGAAAUGGUUGACCUUCUUGUGGAUACAUGGGAGGAAGAUGGAUUAUAUUAUGAAUAAUGCUAAUUUCAGAACCAUUACUGUACUGAUUUUAGCUAAGUAUCUGGUCUUGUGUGUCAAUUUCUGCUAUGAAAAGGAUGUAUAUAUACUAUAUAGUUAGGCAACUUACUUCUCUCUCUAAUUACUUUUAAAGAUUGUGUUAAUUGUAUACUGCCAUUUAAAAUGCUUAUGUUUCUCCAGUUUUAGAGUAGUAUUUGCUUC